UGAAAUGAAUGCAACAUUGAAAACAAUGCAUCAAGAUAAACACAUCAACGACGAACAAUUCAAGAAAUUAACCAGUCCUCGAUCGAAACAAACAUUUCCCAUCAUCUAUUUUCUACCUCAACUACUCGGGAAUAAUCAAAUUACAGUGCAACCGUUCAUAUCGUACAAACACAGUCCAAUUCAACAAUUAGCCACGUUUCUCAACUGCUUACUUCGACCAUUGGUGACUCGUGUCUGUCGAUCCACUACAAUUGUCAAUGGUGCUGAUUUUAUUCGUCGACUUGAUGCGUCUAUCAAAUUGAAAGGCGGUAGACUUUGGCCAUCGACAUUAUUCGCAACAUUUAAAAUUCAAAAUUUCUAUUCGGUCUUAUCCCAUGGCAAUAUUUUGGACACAUUAGGUCCUUUCCUAACCAAACAUCUAGCCGGCAAUCAAUUGGAAAAGUUAUCGAUUAUUACUAUUCAAACGUUAACUGAACUGUUCCUGAAUCAUACAAUGUUUUAUUACAAUCACAAACUGUAUCGAUAUCGAAAGGGUUGUCCAAUGGGUGUCUUAUUUACGGAAACACUUGGAAAUAUAUUUCUACUGGAAUGGCAAUCCCAUCUAUUGAAUCAUCCAUACAUGAAGAAUGAAUUCUAUGGACGGUUUGCUUCUUCUUCUACUCAGAUGGCUUUCUUCACAUACAAUGGUACAAGUGAUAUUCUUCAGGAAAUUUUAUCCAAUUUAAAUCAACAUCAUCCCGAUAUGCGUUUUGACAGUGCCGUGGGUCAAACAAUUCAAUUCUUAAAUAUUCAAAUUGAAAAUCAACAUGGCCAUCUGUAUACAUCAGUGUAUCAUGAUCCGACAAGACAAUCCUAUGUAUUACCGUUCGUGUCAGGACAUACACGAUUAAUUUAUUCACAUUAUUUUCGAUCAUUAUUAAUUCGUGCUGGUCAAUAUUGUUCGAAUGUAGAUGAUUUCGAUCGUGAACGUCUUUACAUUGAAUUAACUUAUCUAGCCAAUGGUUUUCCAUUACAAGUGAUUGAACAUUAUCUCAACUUAUUCUAUCUUCACUUUCAAAUUCCAUCGCUUCGAACUGUACUCGAUCAAACUAUCUACGAUCGAUUUCGUGAUCAACUAUUCCGACGCAUCGACAAAGAACAAAAUCAACAUCAAUUAUUUCAUUUACAUUAUCUGUAUGAAUGGGGUCCACGACGUCGUUUCAAUGAACAAUUUCGACAACUCUGGACUCGUUAUAUUCAUCCUUAUCCAAUGUUUGCAAAUGGUUCGGCUAAAAUUCGUUUAACUACAAAACAUCUUCAUUCAUUGAACACGUUGUUGACUCGAGACAAAUAA